GCAUCCUCUUUCUAUGUCUAUGGUUAGUAUCAUUAGCCAGAGGAACAACAGUACUGCAUAUAACAGUUAUCAAUAAACCUUGAGAUUUGAAAAAGCCCAACCCUCAGCCUUGGAAGGAACUGAAAUGAGUAGCCUGUCAUCCAAAGGCAGCGUCUGACUGGUGUACACAGUAAUCAUGACUCAAAUGUGUGUUUCUGGUGUGUAUCAGGUUUCAAAACUAACGAAGGGCUCGGUAUCUUGCUUUUUUCUUUUGCCUUGAUUGACCAUUCCAGUAGCAUCAAAGUGGAGGAAAUGUAUUUACUCUGAGCUGAGAAAACAUUUAUACUCUACAGACAGCAGCACAAGGAAAGGAAAGCAUUUUCUUCAGUGAAGAAUGAGCAAAAGUUUCAAGGAAGGCCCUGACAUUCAGGGGACACAGUUCAGGGGUCCUUCUCUGUCCCAGCAGAGGAGGGUCAUCCAUUUCUCCAGCGGUGAGACUCUAGAGGAAGAUAACAGUGAGGAAGAGGAGGAUACAUCACAUGAGCAGGUGUUUAGGGAGCCUGAAGACACGCUUAAACCUCCGUGGAGAGCAUAUACUUGGUCUCUGGGCAGGAAGUCAUUGCGCACUUGUGAUUUUCUUGGGGAAAAACUGGCUGGGCUACUUGGCCUUAACACUGCCAAAUACCAGUAUGCUGUAGACGAAUAUCAACAUUCCAUUAAGACCACAGCCAGUAAAGAAACGGAAUGCUCUUAUGAGGAAGGAACAGAGAGAAUUCACCUUUCUUCAAGGAUGAGCAGUGAAUAUGGGGCCACAAGCUCCCACAGACCCCCUGCUGGUUCUCAAGCCUUCCAGAACAUUGAGCACAGAACUACAGGAUCCCACAACAAGGGCUAUCAAAAUGAUAAUGAGCACUGAGAAAGAACUAGUGUUAAGAAAGCCAAUAUUCAUGUUGAUGAUUGUAUUUUUUGCUGUUCCUCUCGCUAUGGUUUCUACCAAACCAGGGUUCAAAUACAUGUAUAUUUGAUAUUUAAAAUACUUGUUUCUGUGUAUUUGAGUAUUGCCCAAAACCAGUACUUUUAUACUCCUGAGACCCAGUAAUACAUUUUUGUCCUCUCUAGUGGACAUCAGUUCUUGGUCCAUAUCACUGAGGCCAUACAAGCCACUGUAUUAAGUCCUGUUGUCCCUUUGAGAGGACAUUCUGGGCUUUUCGAUGAUAUCACGCAUAGUAGCAACACACCAUCACGACAACCAUGUAUGUUUCUGUGUGGGCGAGCGGUUUGCUGAUGUCAACAUUGUAAACAGAGUACCCCAUGGUGGCGGUGGGGUUAUGGUAUGGGCAGGCAUAAGCUACGGACAAUGAACAUUUUAUCGAUUGCAAUUUGGAUGCACAGAGAUACCGUGACGAGAUUCUGAGGCCCACUGUCGUGCCGUUCAUCUGCCGCCAUCAACUCAUGUUUCAGCAUGAUAAUGCACGGCCCCAUGUCGCAAGGACCUGCACACAAUUCCUGGAAGCUGAAAAUUUCCCAGUUCUUCCAUGGCCUGCAUACUUACCAGACAUGUCACCCAUUGAGCAUUUUUGGGAUGCUCUGGAUCAACGUGUACGACAGCGUGUUCCAGUAUCCGCCAAUAUCCAGAAUGUUCACACAGCCAUUGAAGUGGGACAACAUUCCACAGGCCACAAUAUAUCAAAAAUACAAAAUAUAUAAUAUAUCCCUUAUUUUUUCUCCCAACUCUCAGAAGGUUAUUUUAGUAUUUGAAUGGUUGUUUGACAAAACAAACAAAUAGUCUUCCAAAUUGUAUUUGAAAGCACUGUAUUUUCAAAUACUUAUUUCAAAUAACUGGGUUAAAUUCAUGGGAGUCAGAAUUUGAUCAUUUUCAAAUAAUUUCCAAAAUUAAACGACUUGUUUUUUCAAAUAAAAGUGAUAUGAAUAAUUGUUUUGAAAUGUAUUGAAAAGUAAUUUAAAUACCUGCAAUAGAAUUUGAUCACAGGUUGGAUUCUACUCUAUUGCACUUUAUCUGUCUAUAUUAAUAAAAUGCUGGAUUUGAAGAAAA